CGGCUUCGCUGCCCCUGUCACUCGCGGAGCCAGCGCUAUGGCAGCGCUGCGGGGUCUCCUGGGCUGGCGUCGUUGCCGCUUCUCCCGCGGCGGCCGCCCGGACCUGCCUAACCGCAGGCAGCUAUGGAGUGUCAGGGCCGCGGAGGCCGGCGGAGACGGAGCGUCGCGGGGGCUGAGCGCGGCGGCCGCGGGGGCUGCUGGCGGGGCGCUCGCUUGGUUCUUCUGUCAGCACUUCUACGAGCGGCCCCGACAGCGAGAAUUAGCGGAGCGGCGGCCGCCGACGCUUGCAGGCAGCCGAGGAGGAGGCGGAGGAGGAGCAGGCGAACCUGGCCGGGGACUGCUGCCCAUCCCCGUAGCGGCUGCUGCCAAGGAGACGACGUUCACAGAAAGCAGACCAGGUUAUGAAGAUUUGGAUCUGUAUGCAACUUCCCGGGAGCAGCGGUUUCGUAUGUUUGCCAGUUUAGAAUUUGAAGGGCAGCUAUUUAUGACACCAUAUGAUUUCAUUCAAUCUGUUACAAAUGAUGAACCAAGACGGGCAAAACAAUGGAAAUGCCUUUCAAAACAGGAAUUGAAUCAGAUACUACUAGAAACACCACCAGUUUGGAAAGGGUCAUCAAAAUUAUUUCGGAAUCUGCAGGAGAAAGGUGUGAUUUCAUACACAGAGUAUCUGUUCCUAUUAUGUAUCUUAACAAAGCCACAUGCAGGUUUUAGAAUAGCUUUCAACAUGUUUGAUACAGAUGGGAAUGAGAUGGUAGACAAAAAAGAAUUCUUGGUGUUGCAAGAUAUCUUCAGAAAGAAAAAUGAAAAGAAGGAAAGAAGAGGGGAUGAAGAGAAACGUGCUAUGCUGCGUCUCCAGCUUUAUGGAUACCACAGUCCUACUAAUGCUGUGCUAAAAACAGAAGGAGAGGACCUUGUUCCAAGAAGCUAUUGGGAUACUCUGAGACGUAGCACGAGCCAGGCACUCUUUUCAGACCUUGCAGAGCGUGCAGAUGAUAUCACCAAUUUGCUGUCUGAUACUACUUUGCUGGUACACUUUUUUGGCAAGAAAGGAAAAGCUGAGCUUAACUUUGAAGAUUUUUACAGGUUUAUGGAUAACCUCCAAACUGAAGUUCUUGAAAUAGAAUUUCUUUCCUACUCUAAUGGAAUGAAUACCAUCAGUGAGGAAGACUUUGCUCAUAUUCUUUUAAGAUAUACUAAUGUGGAAAAUACAUCAAGCUAUUUGGAAAAUGUACGCUGCAGUAUUCCAGAAGAGCAAGGCAUUACAUUUGAUGAAUUCAGAUCAUUUUUCCAGUUUCUGAACAAUCUAGAAGACUUUGCAAUUGCAAUGCAAAUGUACAAUUUUGCAAACCGUUCAAUAGGACAAGAUGAAUUCAAACGUGCUGUGUAUGUAGCUACGGGCUUGAAGCUUUCUCCUCAUUUAGUGAACACAGUCUUCAAGAUCUUUGAUGUAGAUAAAGAUGAUCAACUGAGCUACAAAGAAUUUAUUGGCAUCAUGAAAGACAGAUUGCAUCGAGGAUUCAGGGGCUACAAAAGCAUACAGAAAUACACUACUUUCAAAUCCUGUGUGAAGAAGGAACUGAAUAGCAGAUAAACUGUGAGAAAAGCCAAAUAUGGCUUGAAGAACUAUGUUUGUGUGAAGACUUUAACAAGGAAACACUUCAGAGACCUUUGGAAGCAAUUUCAAAAUAGAGAUAUGUUGAGAUGAAUAACAAGACACUUACACAUUUGAUCACCAUUAAUCCUUGCACUUGUCUUUGUUUCCUUUGUAAACAACAUAAAAAAUAAGAAACCAAUAAUUACCCUGAAUAUCUUCCAUCUGUAGCAAUACCUUAUCAUCUUAGACUAUGAUCCCUAAAGUGCUCUGCUGGUAUAAGCUUUAUUCAUUUCGUUAAGAUGACUGUCAGUGAAACUCAAACCAUCUAUUGAUAUUUCUUUACUCAUAUCAUUUAUGGGAUUUAUGUAAAUCCUUGUAAAAAGUUUAUUAGAAAUGAUUUUCUAUUCAAUCAUUCAUAGAGCAAUCCUAUGCAUGUUCAUUUAGAAAUGUGUCAAACUGCAUUCAGUGGGUCUUACAUCCAAGUAAGUGUGCAUAGAAUUACAUCCCUGGUAUAGGUUAUAUUUAAGGAAAGCUUUUGUCCAUUUCAGAGCAAUAAUAUUAAUAUUUCAUAUUGCUUUCUUGUGAGUUGCUUUUGAUCUGUGCCAGUGGAGAAAGGUAGAAUAAAAGUCAUUAAAAUGAAGGGGGGGAAAACAUGCAUGGAACAGCCCUUGCUGCACAUAUGGAUACUUUAAAAAUGUUUUGUGUGGAAAGGGUCAUCCAGCCCCACAAACAGAUGAAUGGUAAAAUUAAACAUUUUUCUGAAAGAGCAAUGCAUGCAGAGCCCUGAAUACUGAAUCAGCAAUAGGAAGCUGUACACAUAACCGCAUUUGCACUUGCUGUUUCCUAUCCAGCUGACAAGAAGAUGUGUAGAGUCCCAAGCUGCAUGGAGCCAAUUCACAUAAAAUAUAAUGGUUACAAAAGUCUAUUCAAAUGUGAAUUUAUUUUAGGAAUGUAUUUUAAGUCUGUUGUAUUUAUUUUAUUCUCAUAUGUCAUUCCAUUUUCUUGCUAUGUUCGUUAUACUGGUAAUGUGCCUUUAAUAACAGCUAUAAAGGAAAAAUAUUUCCUUGUAAUUGUAUAUGAACUGAUGUACAUAUAGCAAAUGUGAAAUGUUGUUCAUUUUGAAAUUGAAGACUAUGAGUUGAAUCCAGAUUUAACCAUAGAGUAGAUCCACUGAAAUCAAUGGGACUUCAGUUAGUAGCUUAAGUCUCACUGAUUUAAUACUGUGUCCAGCCCAAUAAUUUUGAGGCUAAAAUCUAUAAAGCUGCACUUCAAGAGUUCUAAUAGUUUAAACAUAGUAUGGAUAGAUGUAAGAUUAUUAAAAUAAUGUUUAAAAAGCUUUAUCUACAGACCAUUUAAACUGGGGUAUUUUGAUUUAAUCCUCAUGUUUCUCAUUACUGUCUAUUGGAUUAAAUAAAACUAAAUAUUUUGGCUUAACUGGUCUGAGGAUAGUAGCAUUUUUAUUAUAUGUAUACUCAAUAAGUCAAUCAUAGUGUGCUGUCUUUAAAUAUUACAAUUAUGGAUAGCAUUAGAAAAGGAAAUAUGACUGUUUUCUAGCCAAUUUAUUCAUUCCAUGUUGUAUUUUCAUUUAAAAGCUUGGAUCCUAACAACUGUAAGCAGAAUUCUGUUCACAAAAUGGCCCUUCUCUGUUUUUCCCUUCUGCAACCCUCUUUGCCACCCAAAAUGAUUCCUGAGAUCAAGCAUCCUCUAAGACCACAGGGGACUAUAUGCAGAGAAGAGAAAUAAUCAGGAAUCUUUCCUUGCAUGAGGAAAAGCUCUUUCUGGUUGGACUAAGUUACUGCUGGAUCUAAGACAGAAAAAAAUCCAUACAACUCACAGCAUUCCCCAGACAAUCAGAUAUUUAGGGAUUGUGCUCUAAUUUUUUUCUUUUGUACUUUAUUUAGAUUAAUCUGCUAAAAUUACUUUAGACGUAUAUUGCACAACAUUGGAUACAGAUGCGUUAUCUAUUCUGGUGACUAGCAUGCAACAGUUUAAAAAUUGUUUGCUAGUUUAUUUUUGGUUUUUAUACUUGCAACAGGAAUGCAAUGCCUGCAAUAAUGUCACAAAGCCGUCAUAAAAAGUUAGGAAGAUAAAUGUAAAUGCCAUCAAUUUAUAAUACUGAGUUGAUGAAGAGUUCACUAGUGAGAAAUCCAGCAUAGAAAUCUUGUAAAAACUGCAAGCAAUAAGCUACAGUUUUUGUGGCUGCUUUUUAAAAUAAAUCUUACAUAGUAGAUGAAUUUUUAAUAAAUAUAGAGCACAAUUUUCAGUUUAUGUGUUGUCUAGUGGCCAAUUCACACACUUAUGCGGCAGUAAUCUCUCCACAUGCUGGAGACAUGUAUACCACCAUCUUCAUCUACAUAGCCUUGCAUCCAAGCACUAAUUCAGUAGGCUAUGUACAAGCAGGCUUGAUUCUCUUACCCCCUCAUGUUCCCCAUUUCUGAGGGGUUUUACAAAUGAAUGUACAGGCGCAUUACAAUACUAACACAUCACAAAUCAUGUUAUACAUAUAUUAGAGAAGAAUAAACCUAUUCUGCCAAGAACAUAUAAGCCAUGACCAGGUAAAUGUGGAACACAAGGGAACACAGUGGUAUAUUUUCAAUCUUGAAUGGAAUUUACUUCUGACUUAAUUAAAAGCAAUGGACAUUCAGCAAUUAUUUCAGUAAAAUAGAAAUAGCACUCAUGGAAUGCAAUUUUGAUCUAAAGAUUCCAUUUUGUGGAAUUUACCCCCUUUGCCUUAUUUACCCCCUUUGCCACUGAAUUUCCUUUCUUCAAGCGCCUCCUUGUAUCCCUGAAACUUGGAUCCUAAGAGUUGGAAGAACAUUCAGAGCAGCAUUUUGGUGAGGCCAGAUGGCUGCAGAAGAAGAGAACUUGGUUACUCUCCCAUGCAAGCAAACAUGCCUUCUGCUUACAAAGCAGGAUCUCUUGAAUCUUGUUCACUGAAAUUAUUUGGAUUGUGAAGUAAAUUCUUAUGUACAGAAUGACACCCAUAAUUUUCAACAGCUUUACUCGAUUUUUACAGAAUGCAUAAAUUGGAAAAAAAAACCCUCAAAAGAAAUAUUGACAACUAAAAUCAGACAUGGAAGGAACCAGAACAUGGGAGUAGAAUGAGAAAUACUAGAGACUAGAUGAAUGUGUCGUUCAUCAUAUCCAUUAUCCCUUGAAUUAGUUUUACAUAGACAUUGUUUGUACAGUCUGGUUAUGACCACCCAAUAUAGUAUUUUACAUGACUACUAAUAAGAUCAAACUAAAAUAUCCAUACAUUGUUUUAAUAAAAUCAUUCCUCAUUGUUUUUUUUUCUUUUAAAACAUUUAACAGACAAACUGCUGCAAUGAGUUAUUUUCUUUGUAGUCUGAUUUGAAUAAAUGGUUUAAACAAAUAAC